AUGUUCCGGCGAAGGACAGUACACAUAUUCCUAGGUCUCCUCGCUGCAGUCCUCGUCGGCACCGUCGUCGUCCUCUCCUCCAUAUCCUACUAUCUCUCUAUCGAUCCUGCCGCAUAUCUGACAGAGCUGGAGCUCGACGCACCGUUCAAUGAUACCGUUCCAUGGAAUGCCACAGAUCAUGGCAAAGCAGAGCGCAUACCCCGCAUCCUUCACCAGACUUGGAAGUCGGAGACGUUGCCUACCAAGUGGGCCGACGUCUCCCAGGGCUGUCGUGACAUGAUGCCUGAUUAUGAAUACAUGCUCUGGACGGAUGCCAGCGCGCGAGAGUUCAUUGCUGAACACUACUCCUGGUUCCUCGAGACGUUUGACGGCUACACAUACCCCAUUCAACGUGCUGACGCUAUUCGAUACUUCGUCCUCCACCACUAUGGUGGUAUCUACCUCGACCUCGACAUCGGUUGCUUGCGUCGUCUCGAUCCCCUCCUCGUCUACCCGGUCAUUCUUCCCAAAACCAUUCCAGUCGGCGUAUCUAACGACCUCAUUUUCUCCGAGAAGGGUCACCCGUUCAUGGAGCAGACCAUCCGUCAUCUGAUAUCUUUCGACCACUCAUGGGUCCUCAAUUAUCCCACAGUGAUGUUCUCUACGGGGCCGAUGUUCCUGUCCGCCCAGUAUGGGAUAUACAGCUCGGCGCACCCCCCUUCCCUGGAGAAGCCCGGUGGUAAUAUCCGCAUUCUCCCCAAGUCCCUUUACGGGAAGAACGCAAAGCCCGACGAGGCCCCUCACUCGUUCUUCUCGCACUACUACGGAAGCAGCUGGCAUGCAGACGAUGCCGCGUUCAUCGGCUUCCUGGGCAAGUGGGGCAAGGGCCUGAUGUGGGUCGGCUUGGUGGUUUUGAUACUCGGGGUGAUCCGGAUGUUCCUCGCUCCAAGCUCGAAGCAGCGCAACUACAGCCUACGCCGCAUUGGCGGCUACGAUGUCAUGAUGCCGCGCUGGAUCCAGCGCAACGGCAGGUGGCACCUGGAUCUAGGCUGGUUUUCUCUCCCGGCUUCGUCAGGGACAUCCACUCAUCCACCCUCUCCUAUUUCGCUCCCCAGCACGGACGAAGAAGUGCAGCUACUCCCCCUGCCGUUCGGACCCCGAUCAUCGUCCCCAGCCUCGUCCGAGACUUCGCUGCUCAUCGAUGGCAUCUCCACUGCGCACACGUCCCACAGCCGCCCCAUGCUCGACGUUGUGCGCCGCGCGGGCAGCCGCGUGAUGACAUCCAUCUUCGGACCUUCGGGCACGGAGGAGGUUGCCGACACUCCAGCGCGUCCUCGACGUAGCCGUCGAGGCCAGGGCGUACUCUUCUUUCUUCCGGCUUUUUUCCCGCAUUCCCCGCCGUCCCAGGACGUCGAAGCGCAAGGUGGGAGAAGCACGUCGCGCUCCCACAGCCGCCGCGCCUCCGUGUCUUCCACAAUCCCGCCGGAAAAGCAGAGAUACAUGGAUCUGGAGUCCGCAGGUCUCAUGCCUGUAUCGGAUCUACCGACUCACGGCAGGAUCGAGAGCUCAUCGUCCUCGGAGGGCUCAACCUCUGAUAUCUGA